AUGCUCGGAUCGCGCAUACACGAACAUAAGCUGGCUGUGCGGCGAGGCGACGCAUUAUCACAAGUGGCCGCCCACACCUACGAAAUGGGUCACGAGUUUAAAUUCGCAGCCACCAAAAUAGUCGCCCACGCCGAAAACAAAACGGGCCGAGAAUUGAUUGAAGCCUGGGCCUCGGAUGAGAACUCGGUCAAUCGAUUUAUCGAUCUGGCGCCGGCGUACAGAGCCCUUCGUAGUCACCUCCAGUCGUGCGACGUCGGUCGAUGAUUGGACCUACGUGCCUUAUAACUGCCGCUUGUUCUGACGAUGGACUCCUGUACGAGUCUGAAAGCUCAGGAUAAUAAACGAAGUGUUCCGGUGGUCGACUCUUCUUCUUCUUCUUCAAAUAUGAAAGGCAAUUUCACGGUAUUAAAAAGUCUCACAAUUAGAAACUUUUUAUAACCGAAUUAUACCCUUUCUUCAACUAUGAAAUUGACCUCUAUCUGCGAAUGUCUCUGAUGAUGGAUUCGAGUGAGAAUCCGAAACGUCAGGCAAAUAAACUUCUUGUCCCAGUGAUCGCAUCUUCAUCUUCAGAAGACGUAAUGUUUCCACCGAAUGAGCAAAAGAAUUAAUAUGUUUAUGCAUAUUUUCCACGAAAUAUUAUUGAAUUUUUAAGGGCAUCGAAAAUCAAUGAAAAAAUGCAUGCUACUUAAGUAGCCAUUUUUUACAAAGUGCAGUAUUUACAUGCGGUCGGAAAGAUGUUCAUUCGAGAGCUAGCAUCUUGGGGUGACUGAAUUAUUGUAGAAUUAUGCUGCAAGAUGAGAAAUUGUGCAACCCUGCUUACUUAAUCUUUUUGAAUCGAAAACGCAUUUCGUGAGUUAGUCCACCUAGUGUAAAUAUACAUCGAUGUGACCUGUAACGGUAAUCUGGCUUUACCUCCCAAGCGUAGGAGAAGAGUGCUACCGAAAAGUACGCGUAAAUCCGUCAUGGGGAAAGCGUUCGUGAUCGCUGACUUCAGACGUCUUCUUCUUAAUUCGUUUAUUAGCUUGCAGCUCUUUCUUUGACAGGUUAGACAGGACGCAGUCAGACUAGUUUCCUGCUUAUUUUUAUAGAUGAGGAGCCUUGACGACCUCAUAUGAAAAGCCUCAAAUUUGCACAAUAUCUACCUACAGUCUUUGUUGCUAUAAAAACGCCAGGUUCGCAAACGAAGCCUCGUAGCUCAGUUGGUUAGAGCACUGGCCGUACUCAAGCGUUGUCCUUUCUGUCGCCUGUUUGAAUCGCACUCAGGCUACAGAAUUCUUCACAGUUAGACCGGUGAGAGGAGUGUGACUGCUGCUGGCUGCUUUUAAUCGAUACUACUAACUUCCUGCACAUAUUACUAUUAUUGACAGGAUUAUCACAGCCCUUACUACUACUACUACUACUACUACUACUACUACUACUACUACUACUACUACUACCGUCACCACUAUUUUUACGGUUAAGGCGAUUCCCUAUCCUCUAGCAUGAAGAUUGUAGUGAGAGCAGAAUCGAGCAGUGAACAGACUGCGAUGUAGACCCCCCAAAGCUGCCCCGUUUGAAUACGCUUUCCUGCCCGCAAACAAUGCGAGCGCGUGUGUUGCACGCGUAGACGAGUAGGUUAGCAAUGUCAGUCACGGCGCCCCCAUCCACGUCGAGUUUUCCUACCAAUGGAAGGCGGUGACCGUGCGAGGUAGGCGCAGCGAAAGCGAGCCGUAUCAUGAAUUCACUAAUACGUCAGUCAGCAUUGCGUCUUCUCUUCCCGAUAGCGGUGGACCCCGUAACUAGCGAUAGUGUCCCUAAAAUGAGCCACGCGGCAGACGCGCUGGACCAACACAGAAACCGCAUUGGAUUCUGGCAGGCGUUCCCGGGAAUGCGCACCCAUAGCAAAUGCCAACAUGCGGGGUGCGCUAACAGGCACAGUUGACGGCUCUUGUCGCGCCACCUGGAGGUCCCUGCCGUCCCCCCAUUUUGUGAUCGGUUAAAAUCCUGGUCAAGUGUUUGUUGCUUUGGACCCAGGGGUGUAGUUGUACGCCUAUGUGCGGGUCCGACCGCGCCAGCCACCUGCACCCUCUUCUGCCUCUGAUCUUCUUGACUGCGUCUUGACACCGGAUCUAGAUGGGUGAGGGAGGAAAGAGUGCGAUAGGUGCUGUGCAAGUCUAAUAUUACUAUACGUAAGUCACCGUUCCUGUUCUCACCCUAUGCUGUAGAGCACACGGCGGACAUCGACGAUCACGACGGUUGAAAUGAAAAUAUUAAGGCCAAACCCCGGCCUCACUGGUGAACAGAUACCAGAAUCCAUUAAAGCUCUUGCCUACUGUGGUAGGUCUUUGUGUUCCUGGGUGCCUCUCCGUAUAUCCACAUAUGAAGAUUUGCAUAUCUAUCCUACGGUUUCUGAGUAGCUCACAUGUAGUGUAUAGGCUGAGUCAGCAUCCAUCUGCGUGAGUUUGCCACCGGCAGGGCUGAGACGCCGCGACGUGCGGAUGCCACCCCUGGCGGUCCAGAGUCCAUACACUGUCAAGAUGUUAGCCUUAUUAAGCCUCCCUGUUGGUCGAGCCGUGAGGUCGCGGUGGCAACGUCUUGUGCUACUUAAUGACUACCUUCACGUCCACCCCCGCCAUGCCGCCUUCUCGAGCUCGCUCCGCAGGAGAGUAAUACUCACGGAGACAGUCUCCGCACUCGCCCCACUGCUGAGGGUAAAUAUUUGCAUUGCCCGAUAAGAGAACCUGUGCCGCGUCCUUGCCGGCAGAACCUGCGACGCAAACAAAACACCAAUUCGAGGUCCUCCCCCCCCGCCCCCCGGUUCCCUCCCCUCACGCUCCAGUGCUAACUCAGGACGGAGGCAGGGCGGGUGGACUGACAGGUUCUGCAUCCGAGGGGCGGGGGAGAAGUGGUGGGGGGUGUGUUCGCUCAGCGGAGUUAUUUCCAGCACAGAGCGCAGAAGGAACAAUCACAAGCCUUCUCACGAGUCUGGCCUGUGAGUGUUCGCUGUUGAAGGGGAAAGGAGAGAAAUUGGGGAAGAAGACGAAAUCUCAAGCCUAAGAUUGUUCGGCCUGCUCUAAAUUUGGUCGAAACUUAUGAGUCAGGAUAAUACCCUCGCUCCUCACUAGUCUCGUACGCACACGUGGGUACUACACAGGGAGGUCAUUAAACAGAUUACAUCUAAAGGAAUGUCCCAGUUCUUAAGGAGGAAUUCUUAUAUUUACAUGCAACAGAUGGAGCUUUGUCGGUCAUAGUUCGUCUCCCCCCAUCCCCUUGUCCCUGUUACCAAGCCAUUUUCCCUUCGUCAGUCAUAAUACCUACUACUACUACUACUACUACUACUACUACUACUACUACUACUACUACUACUACUACUACUACUACUACUACUACUACUACUACUACUACUACUACUACCACCACCACCACCAUCAUCAUCAGCAACAAUAUUUCCUCCUCCUCCUCCUCCUCCUCCUCCUCCUCCUCCUUUGUUCGAUGAAAACGACGGAUUUAGAUGUCCACAGCAAAUUUUUAAAAUCAGCUUUUGUGGCCUUUGCGUUCUGCCUUGGCACUAGGUGGAUCCCACUGUCGUCGGCCAUUCACACUGCCUGCUUUAAUGGUGGAGGUUGCCAUCUGCGCGUCAGAAAUCUGUCCUUUUUCAAAUCCGGCGUUUUUGACACUCCAACGGACGCCAUGAGACAGCCACGACCACCGUUUGAUGGGGUCAGUGAGUAGGCGGAAAUGUGGCAAUCUCGCCCGGAGCGACGGGACACCGCGACCGGAAAGGUUGCUGCCGCUUCCAUGCACACUGUCAGUUUUCGUCCCGAUCCCAUCACCAACGCCACCGCCGCCACCACCGCCGCCGCCACGGCCAUCUCCAACACCAACAACCCCACCAACAGUUCGACCGUCGAUUCCGACGAUGUCCACCGUGCCUGCUACGCAGUUUGGCACAACAGGCACGGUCACUUGCGCGUAAAUUAGUUUAUGGUGGUAGUAGACUUGCGCAGCAUCUACCGCAUUCUCUCUUCCCCACUCCCCACCUGGACCCGGUGUCAAGUCAGAGUCAAAUAGACCGGAGGCGGGGGAGGGCGCGGGUGGAUGGCACGGCCGAGCCCGCACCUUGCGUUCCACUUCACACUCCCUGGUUCACACAACAAAUAACCAAGUUUUUCAGUCACAGCAACAAUGGGGGUAGCAGGGUCUUAGUCUGCGCGACGUAUGCCGGCAACCGGAUCCGCCACCGCACCCCGAAAAUGUUGACGUUUGUUACGGUGCGCAAAGCCGAUAACGCCUGCCGGAAUCCGAUAUAGCCCCCGUGUUGGUCCGGCGCAUCUCGCACGUGGCCCGUUCGGGGCGCACACACAUACACACGCAACUGGACAGACUGCGCGGACUGAGUUGGGCCGUCAGGCAGCUGCCUUCCCAGCCACGGCGCUCGACCACCACCACCACCACCGCCGCCGCCACCACCACCACCACCACCACCACCAAUGCCACCUCUAUUAGUAUCAUUAUAACAUAAUAUAUUAUGUGCCGUUGUGCAGCUGCUUGUUAGGUUCGAGAGAGAGAGAGAGCCCGUAAGGCACAACGGGACGAGUGAAUUCCGUAACACGAUCAGCGAACCCCUUCUAUCAUUGUAUAUUCACGAUCACAACCGAUCUUCUUUACAACAAGAACCUGGGAUUCGCAUAUUCGCUUCCAUCCAUAAUACCAUUUACACCCUCGCCGGUAGCUGGAGAGAUGUCCAUUUGGAAGACAGCAUGCUACCAUGCAGGGAUUGAAGCCGGAUGCUGCAUCUCACCAAACAGCUUUCCCAAUCUUAAUUAAACGACCCUUUCCAAUGAAAAAUACAUCGAGGAAUCUCGGUCAGUGCUUUGUUACUUUAGUGCGCACUCUAAUACUGCUUAAUAGAACACCGGACCAUAGCCUGUUUGUUUAUGGUAUUGUCCCAUUUGCAACAUCCACUUCCGGUGCAUCAAAGUUCGCUAAAUCGGUAGUAAUUGCUAGUAUUGUAUUAAAUUUCUUGUAGAAUUUAAUCAACCACUCAAAAAUUGAGAUUUCUACCAGAAAGCAAACAACUAACUUCACAGUAAGCUGGAGGAAUUCAGGAUAAUGGCAGGCAGGGGUCUUUGUGUGUGCAAUGCCAAUCCAAUGGCUACUUUUGGUGAUGUUGUCUCUGCAGUUUCUAUUUUGUCAUCGAAGUAGUAGUCCGAAGUUUUAAUAAUUUCUAACCCAUGGUCCUGGCAACAUGUCAUAUUGUUUCAUUAAUGAUGUCGCUUUGCAGCCAACGUCCGGCUUAUGACUACCAGUCGAAGAGCUGAUGCCAGAUUACUGAGGACGGAUGCAGAACUAUCGUGCUUCCUACGUGAAGCGUCAACGAUGACAAGCUGAACCCCAGCAGGUCUCUUUUGCAGUCGUCGUCCUAGCCUUUCUCCCCUCCUCCUAAUCCCAGCAUCUUCUUACAAACUAUACUGCAUUUCCCUCUCCUCUUCCACCAGUGACGUAACCAAAUCCACAAAUUUUCCGCGUAAGUCUUGUGCUUCUACUAAGAGGUCUACUUCCAGUGGCCAAUUCUCCACCAACUAAGCUGUUUCGACAGCCGCCCUAGUUAUACGGAAUUUGGUUAUAAAAAACGACCCCCCCCCCUCCAUAUCCCCUUCUCAUUAGCUUUUUAUUGGCUCAACAGAUUCAGGAAAUACGUCCCAACACAACAGUUUGCGUUCCGGUGGCGGGGGCAGAAGGAUUAUCCCAUCCAGUCGUACCUCUAAGACACUGUAGGUCAUAUAGACUGCUUACCAGUGAACACUACUCAUUCAGCGUACUUCCCCUUCCGCUUUCUCGGGCGUAAGUGCACAAUUCUUGUCGACUGGUGAAGAGAGCCAGGAAGCUGGCUGUUUCGUCCCCCUUCCCCCACCUUUCCGUCAUGGUCUAACGACAAGAGACAACAGCGACAACGGCUAUAAUAGUAUAGUGCCCAUAAUUAGUCACAUUUCGAUUCUUUUGUUCUCUUUGCCGGAUCCACAAGACCGAGUUCAGGGGCGGCGGCUGAGAUGGGGUUAGCUACCGAGAUUUAAAACCCACAGCAUAUGGCAGAGGUUGUUCAGACAGCUUGUGGUGCCGGGAGCAACUUUCGGCGGGGAGGGGGGGGGAGGGGAUGGCAAAGAUAAUGGUUUGUUCUCGUCGUCUCUGGCACGCGUGCGUGCGUGCUUGCAGUGAGGACGCCACUUAUUUCACAGUAGUGUACGUCCGGUGGAGCCGUUGUGGCCCGGUGAUCCGUCGACCCGCUUCUCCUCCCCCCUACCCAUUAGUCCUCCCCCCCCAACCUCCGAGACCCCCCACUGCCCACGUGGGGCCCCAGGCGACGUUUACGUGAACCCACAGAGGGGGGCAGGCCGGCUGCCGCACAGGUAAGAGCGACAGAGGCCGCGAUGGGAACGCUAUGCCCACCUGUAGCGUGACAGGGAAGGUGGGAGCGGACAAGGGUGCGAGACGGUCGCUGAAGGGCAAUCGAACAGAUUUCUGUGCUUGUUUAGAACCAAGACGUCGUUGUGCGGAGCGGGACUACCCACGAAGGAGUGGAUGGAGGCAAAAUUUAGAGCUUCAGGUGUAUGUAUAAGUGAGGAAGAAGGAUGGUCGAGCACCGGAGCAGUCCGUUUAUUAAGUGAAGAAGAAGAGGUUUCGAGCACCGGAACGCUUUAUUUAUUGUCAUGAGCUUUCGGGCUCGUGCGGGAGUCCAUCGUCAGAGAUAGUAGCAGCAAAAGAACAAGCGACAGUUAUAGGGCAUUUAGGCCAAUCACCGACCGACGGCGCAAGACUGGAGGUGACUGCGCCGGCGCCAGAUCGAUAAAUCAAUUGACUGAGUUCUCAUUCGAGGCCCAGGCUUCAAUCAGUCACCUCCAGUCUUGCGUCGUCUGUCGAUGAUUGGCCUAAAUGCCCUAUAACUGUUGCUUGUUCUGUUGCUGCUACUAUCUCUGACUAUGGACUCCCGCAUGAGCCCGAAAGCUCAGGACAAUAAACAAAAUGUUCCGGUGCUCGAAACCUCUUCUUCUUCUUCUUCACUUAUGAAUGCACCUGGAACUCGAAAUUUCGCCUUCAUUAGUCCGUUUAUUGUUCGAGCCCUCAAACUCGGCAACGGUAGGGAGAAGGACCCCACUUAACUGUCGGCAGACUUUGGAUCAUGUCGCAUUGGGUUUUAUCUUGGCAUCCAUUUGCUGGCCGUUGCAGACAUCACACUGUCAACAACGGUUACCUCCCAUGAGCUCAAACCACUAAGCAAACUCCGUUAUUUUUUGAGAAUUUGUUUUUUUGUCUAUUUUCCCAAUUGACGUUCUCGUUUCCAUUGCCAUAGGAAAGCGCACGAUAAGACUUUCGGCAAAAAUAGAAAGAUCUCUGUGUUUUCUUGCAUUGCGUCAGCUUACUGUCUGGCGUGCCGCCCCACCCGUAAAACCCACAUUACCAUUAAUCCCAUAUGACACGAUUCACAGUCUACCGGCAGUUAAGUAGGACCCUUCACCCUACCGUCAGAGAUAGUGGCAACAACAGAGCGAGCGGCAAUUAUGGGGCGUGCUAACCAGUCAUCGAUCGAUGGUUCAAGACUGCAGAUGACUACGGGGAGCUCUAUAUGUCGGCGCCACAUGGGUAAAUCGAUUGACUGAGUCCUCAUCCGUGACCCAGGCUUCAAUCAAUUCUCGGCCUCUUUUGUUUCCCGCGUGGGCGAUUGUCUUGGCGCCUGUAAAAUUAAAUUAGUGACCCAUUCCGUAGGUGUGGGCAGUCAGUUGUGAUAAUUUAUCGCCUCGUCGCACAACCAGCUUAUAUUCGUGUAUGCGCGAUCCGAGCAUGCGUCCGGCCUGACCAGUGUAUUUACAAGGGCAGGUUUUGCACGGAAUGCGGUACACUACCCUCAGAUUGCUCCUUGACACUUAGCCGGACUUUAACUGUCCUGACCUCUCUGCGCAUGAUGGCUUUGGGCCGGUGGGAAAUUCUGAUACCUAGUUCCGUACCAACGCGUUAGGUCGCUUCUGAAACGUUCUUAACGUAUGGCGAAGAAUGUCAUGUCCUUGAUGGUGUUGCCGUUUGUGUCCUCUGGGGGUGAUCGCAUAAGCAUUGGCAUUGAAACUCAUUCGAAUAGACAUUCCGCGCAAAUUGGUGGUGGAUAUUUCGGGCUUCGCGCGCUUUCAUUGCCAGACUGCUGCAAUAAAUCUAGAUAUGGAGACGAAGAUGCAAGCACUGGAACAAGAAAUUUAGAUCUAGAUUUGUUUGCAGAGCGUCUUCGUACAGCUUCGGUUGUGAGCCACCGGUUGGUUUCUGAGAAGACUGAGAAGCUGCGUGGUGUUGGUUGCCUUACCGUAAACCGUCGUUUUAAGUUCGCCGUCAAAGUUUCGUUUGUGUUUCGUCUUUUUUUGCACAUCCCUUCCCCGAGGACGUCUCCGUGGCUGGACUCACGUGCUAAUCCCCACAGCCCAUCCAGGUUGUUUCUUCUUCUUCUUUUUCUCAGGAGCACGUGAUCUGGAAGAUGACGGCAAGGGGGGGGGGUGUGGGUGUAUCUGUCCCGUAUUCCGGCCACAGAGAAGACAAGAGCGAUAUUCGCGAGGAUUAAGUGUUCCGUGUAAGCUUUGAGAAUGGACAGCCGCCUGGCGAUGUGAACGAGGGUUGGAACGGUCGCUCUCACGCUGGUGACGUGGUUUUGGCCCAAACGCGCAUUAAACUCCCCAAAAUGCUGAGUGAAUUCACCAUCAGCGGAGAGCGAACGUAUGUUUCCGCGUUCUUCUUUAAGUGGUCGCAGUCGGCUAUUCAUCACAGAAUGUGGCAAAAGGUUUAUCAGAGGACGACAGUCAUAGUGGUGAGUCCGUCGUCGAGUCCUCCACGGAAGUCUACUUGGAUCCUGACACUUCCCGUUCUGAUGACGAAACCCAUUUUUUUCGUCUCGUUAUUAGCCCUUUCAGACUAAAUUGUAUCUGUUCCCGACUUUGGUUGAAUGUUACUCUUCCGCAGCAGUGGUUUCACUGGAGGAGAUUGUGUUCAUUUUGCAGCAGACGAGUUUGGGGGUUGAUGAGCGCUAUUCUUCUCUCCGGUUGGCUGGCAGUUGGGUUGUCUAACGGACAAUGAACAUUACAAACUGAUAGAGCAACUUUGAACAUUGUAACAGAAGUGGGGUUUGAUGGCUCAACUAUAAACAUGACGACCGUCAUUUGAGGUCACAUAGACUGCGUCUCGUAGACGAGGAUACGCGAAAUAGGGAGUCGCCGGAAUCAACUGCUUCUCCUUAGUGAGAAAUCAAGGCGAACUAGCCGGGAUCGCUUUUAUGCAGAACUACGACCAGGAAUUCCAGCAAAUCAAUCAUUAUGCGACUUGAGGAGUGAUGUUGGAGAUGAGGCCGGCGACUGCUGCGGUGAAGAUGACUCGCGUAUGAUCUGGGUCGCUCAGCGUCAACCUCCUUCGUUCUUCCGCAGCGAGACUGUGUCCAGUGACAUGCACAUAUGCAUUCUUACACUCAUGAUUGACUUCGAAAGCAUAUAAGAAAAAAUGAGCUACUUAAAUGUACCUGACUGCCAACUGCGGAUAACACGAACCUCACAAAUCAGGGCCGGUGGACAGAAGUUUGAAACAGACAAACGGUUUCAACAGCAGACACCUGAAACCUAUGAACGGAGCUGUUGGAGGGUCGUGGGGAAAAUAAAAACAUCUAGAAAUAUUGUCGUGAUGUAUCAUUAAACAAUCAGGACGACAUGUCACAGUUCGUGCCCGCAUACAAUACGACAAUAUAUUUUCAAGUCAUACUUUCUGCCUCGUUUGUGUAUAGUCACAAGAUAAAUAACGCCCUCAAAAUAAGCAUCUAGGCACAAUGACAGUCUCCAAUGUUCGUGGUGACCGCGAGGGCGUUGCAUCGUCGUGGGCAGCCAAGGCAUAGUGACCCUAAAGCAGUAACCUCCUCCUCCUCCUCCUCCUCCUCCGCCUACCCAAUCAGUCCCAGUUAAUGAGCCCUGUCUGUCGCCGCUGACUCUCACGCCCGAGGAAGUUGCAAUGGGUGCUUAGACGGUCGGAAAGAUGCUCAAAUAUGUGCACAUCUGAAGUGUUUAUUGAAGCGGUGUUGCCGGACCCUCCGGAGCCGGCGCGAACUGGCACUUGAUGGUAAUUGGCUGCCCUAACCACGGGGGUGGGGGACGGAAGCGCUUAUGUGAGAGGGCUAGGUAGUGGGGCAGAGUAUGGCUUCGCAGAGCAAACAGUCGAAUCUCCAACCUCGUCCCCCCGUCACUUCAGGCACUCGAGAAGUCAACUGGCCAAACAGUGUGGUCAUCGCCUCAACAAGUCGUUUAGUUGACACAGCUGUCGGCAUGACUGCCUGCACCACUAACGGCGCCAACACUCGCCAUGGCAACUGCCAGGUAAUGACGAGGGCGUCUAAGGGAACGGAAAGCGGGGUCGCAGGAGGAUGAGCGGCCCUGUUAGAAAAAAAGUCAUCAAAGCUGAUUUAAGCAGGUCUCCAGCACGACCCACCGAAUGACUGUGCUCACAGUGGACCACGAUCGACGCAACGAAAAAGAGGCAUGAUAGUAAACACGCCUGGUCAAGGUCAGAUUGCGAACCGUGCUCAACAGUUAUUCAUAGCCUAAUUCACUUAGACGUAAUUUCACUGAAUCCUCACCCACAGAAGAGUAACUGUCCUUGAACUGAAAUGAGAGCAGGACGUGACUCCAAGAGAAGCUGAAGUAAGCCUUGGUCCGUAGCCCAUCGUCAUCUCACUCAACUACGUGCACAUUUUCCCCAAUCGCGUCGGGAGAACGACUCCUGGAAAGCGCAUUGAAUGUGUCUUGGUAGACGGAGGCUUUUGCCGUUUGACUGAGGACCUAGAGGAAACUAAGCACCUGCAACCAGCGGCAACCGGACAUCAUACAGGUAGACUGGAGGACGGUUUCUUGCACAACGACAACAGAUCCUCAUCGGCAACGCAUCCUCCCACCAUAUGCACGUUAAUUUUUCAGAGUUGACAUCCUUCUGUAGGAUAAUUGAGUCUCUAACUAAUCCCAAAGGUCGGUGUUGCCUUACAUAUGCACCCAGACUUCCAUCACUUUGACCUACCGGAUGAGUCACCUUCGAAAGGGGUCGUUAACCCACCGACCUCUAGUCGUGCCCUCAGAGGAAGGCAUAAGAAGCUGAGUUGGUGCGGAAAAUGUGGAACCAACGGAGUGUUGGAUCUCCGAAGAAAAUUUAGUUCUUGCCCUCUUCUCCAGAAGUCAUGCCGAAUUCUGACAGCAAUCAUCCACUCUCCGCACAUAGGAAGUUCUCUCGAAAGAUGAAUCAACUGAACAAGAACUCUCGAUUUAGAAGGAAAUGUAUGAAGCAGAAAAAAGGAACCCUUUUAAAUUAAUUUCUCAAAAUGCAUUUUUAUGAGGAGGAAGAGGAGGGGGAGAAGAUAUAGAUAAUUCCAACCAGGCUCCCAAACCAACUACCCGACGAACCCCUUCCCACCUGAAGAAUGCGUCCGGUAUCGUAAACAUAUGAACACAAAAGACAAUAGAAACACAAACAGAGGAUUGCAGCUUUUUUAUCCUACGAAUACGGUUGGCCAAUUCGGUGGGAAAUGGACUGCCUGGAAAGAUGUCAUGCGAAGUCUGCGACGUAGUAUAUUGUGGCAAAACUGGAAAAACCGCCCCUUUGCGCGGAUAUAAAUAAAACCUGACAGCGAAAAGACGAUACCGGUUGUCCCAGACAGGUAUAAAUGCUCUACAGACAGAGAGUAACUUUGUCUGGAAAAGAACCAGAUUGGUUGGCGCCCGAUCAACUACGCAUUCCUCGAAGUCAGGCGUUAGGAGGACGCAUGCAUCAACAGGAUACCGCAUAUAAGAAUGUCACGCACACGUAGAUGGAGGUAGCAGCCAAAUCAAACGGAACGGGGGUAUACAGAGAAUGUACUUUGGCGCACGUGCCAAACGACUGGGAUGACCUUUAGGGACCAUUUGGAAAAGGCGGAUCUAGUACGCCCUAAUAAUGACUAAUCGAGUCAUAUGAUAAACUUUGCCUCCAUCCUAACGCCAACGGUGUUCACAGACAGGUGUGUUAAAUCUAUCCCUGAAUGAUAACACUACUCCUUAAUCUAAUUCUAAGCACAACCCUAAAAAUAAGUCGAGAUGGGGCAGAUUUGUUGCAGGCUUUUUGAACGUGCUCCUUGCUCACUAAAAAUCACGGAUUCUUUCAAAUGCUUCUGAAAAUUGAACUGUUUUACACAUCGCAGUACGUCUAAAGACUUCGUAGAGGGGCACUUUCGACAAGAUCGGAGAUAAUUGUUUUGCUUUCGCAAGAAACAUAUUUGCUUUUGAAUUACACUUACCUGCUUAGGAAUAAGAAAAUUUUAUUAGUGAAGAAACAUAAGUGUCCGAUAAUUUCACGUCUGCCAAAAACGGCCGUCGAACCUGUUGAUUGCGAGAGGGUGAACACAGAAAGUAGAGAAAAAUUAGAGAGAUAAGGAUCGCCGUCUCCAGCGUGAGUUAGUUUUACGUUUUAUUUUAGUAGACUAUUUAAAACAGACGCAUGGAUAGGAGCCGAUUUUUCUCUGAAAUGCUGGCGUGGACUAAGCCAAAACAGUUCUGUCAUAGGGCAAUUUGAAGUGGCGCGGUUUCCUGUAGGUUGCAUGGAGGACAAGAAAUUAAAUUUCUAUUCAAUAAAACGAGUUGAUUUGCUCUAAUUCCAUGAGCCUUCCUUUUGGCAGAUCGCCUUUAGCUUCUUUUCUGCCAGCUCUACGAGCAAACGAGUGCGGGAGGCGUUCUCUCUCUCUCUCUCUCUCUCUCUCUCUCUCUCUCUCAUCUUCGACGCGUUCGAAGAACAGAAAAGACCAUCAUUUUUCGGUCUAUUUACAUCUUGCGGCCACGAGGCGAUCUAAGCGCUACUAAGUUCAAGAGCUGGGAAAUGGGACCACAUUGCCGAGAGGAUGCUCGGAUCCCGAGAGGGAAGAAGUUAAAUAAUUACAUUAUGACACCCUGCCGGGGAUUUGCUCAAAAAAUGAAACAGGUUUGUUCGCUGGACGCUCACUUUGACAUGCAAUUUCGCCUAAUGUUUUUCAUUUUUAAUUUGCCAUAACCGAGGCGGGCAUGCGUCAGGUUGGCGGUCUCCAUCCUCAGGACAUUGAAGACAAAAAAGGAUCCACGGAUAUUCUACAAACUCGGUUUGUGACUGAACUCCCGUUUGGAGAAGCUGUCGCUAGUUCCUUGGCAGUCCGAUGUCCGCAAGGUUUGCGAUAAAAAGCAUAAAGCGUCAUUAUUUUUGUCAGAUUUUUUAACAACUUCCCCACUGCACCCGAGUUUCUCAGACGUAUCCAUAAGUGUCAACAUGGUUUUCGAUAAUGCAGGAAGCUCACAUGAGGUCUUAUGAGUUUGUUCCGGAGCUUUAAGACAUAUUACCAGACUGAGAACUUCAUGUACUUGAAACCCACAUCAGUCACACACUGCCGUGAGAUGACAGUAAAUAAUAAAUCUUUAAUACAACCGUUGCUAAAUAUUAGCCAGUAAUAUAUUAAAUGUGACUCUCUUGGGGUCUCCAAAUACAUUCGUCCGAGCGUCCGACAGAUUGCAGACCCUCGUUUCACAGAAUGCUUCCUUAAACAGUUCAGUAAUCUGUAGCAAGUUGUUGGGGGCAGCCGACUGCUCUCUUUAAACGAAUUGCUUUUAUUUCUGGUUUUUAAUUCUGCACCAUUUCCGUGAAGUUAUUUAUAUUUCACUGCCACCUGGCCCCUCUCCUCAUUUUGCGGGAUAUUUACCAUGCGAACUGAAUAAUCAUCUUGGUCAUGGUUUUAAAGACUUUAAACGUUUGGGAAACGCCGUUAAGAACUUAGGAUAUAACGUUUUUUUGCUUUUUAAGGACUUAUUUCGCUUUUGUUAACAUAUAUACAUUUACAAAAGGGAAUAGUCCGUUAGUAAAGAUAGUUUCGCACUUGUCAACAACAGACUGCGUCAGACGAAAUAAGAACGAGAGGUGAAGUUAUCACAUUGGCCGUUGGGGGAGAGGGGAGACAGUAUAGUUAGGAAUGAAUUACAGAUACACAGACCUCUGUCACGAGGUGGAGUAAGUUUUUGUUAAAUUUCAAUAAAAAUUUUAGAUCUGGAUCGUGGAUUCAAAUUAGAUAGGAUUCUAGAAAACUUAGUGGAUGAAGUUAAAUGCCCUCUUCUAUUCAACGAGGACCACAAGAAAUGAAUUAACUUGUUCCACUUUUUCGUUUUUCGUCUAGCCGGUCUCCUUCCUGCUUUAGGAGGAAACUGGGCAUGCUCUGAUUAACUUCAAAUAAAGGGCGAAUUAACCGAAAGAAACAUUUCUGCCUCUUUGAACUUUCAUCUUGCGCACUUUCAAAAAACAGAAGAAAGUACUGAUGGAAUCGAAGAGGCCAGUUUCAGGUUGCAGUUCCGAGGACGGAGAUGCGAUCACUGGAACAAGAAAUGUAUUGACCUGACGUUUCGGAUUCUCACUCGAAUCCAUCAUCAGAGAUAUUCGCAUAUAAAGGUGAUGGUGGCACAAGGAAUGCAGUAUUUAUAGCACGUGGCUGCCGUGGGACCAUAUGCGCGCUGUAAUUAACAGCUCUCAAGAUCACCGCUGGGGUCGUAAUUGAUGCGGUGGUGGCUUGUCAGUCCGAGUCAGAGUCGGAUGACGAAAUCACGGUAAUUACCGACUCUGACUCGGACUGACAAGCCACCACCGCAUCAAUUACGACCCCAGCGGUGAUCUCGAGAGCUGUUAAUUACAGCGCGCAUAUGGUCCCACGGCAGCACGUGCUAUCAAUACUGCACUCCUUGUGCCGCCAUUACCCUAAUCUGCGACUAUCUGUGAUAUGGGUUCGGGUGAGGGUGGCGUAUGAACCAAAAUGGUUGUCGAUAAGCACAACACGAUCACGUUUACGACUGAACUCCCUUUCGAAGAAGUUGUCACAAGUUCAUUGACAGUUCGCCGUCUGAACCAUGAUGAUUUCGCGCUAGAAACAGGGGGUGAUUUCAGAUCUUUUAAACAGUUUGUCUAUGGCUCCCGAGCUUAUCAACUGCACACUCAGAUAUUCGAAAAAAACGGCUAUCACGUCAACAGUAGUUACGACCGGAGUCUUAUGCCUCAAGGGACGUCAAUGAAAUAACCCCUGACGAAUUAUACAUAGAUAUAACUGCUACUACCUAUAAGCAAGUAGCAUACGUAUAUAAUGUUUGUAUAAGGCUUACGGACGCGCUCAACCGAACUUUCGUCAGACGACAGGCCUUUGUUUAGAGGAAUGUUUACCUACACGGCUCAACAAGUCGCAGAAGAUUGUACAGGCAAAAAACGCUCUAAACGGCUCAGGGCAGUCAGCAUAGAUUAGUUCUUUUCAGCCUGUGCUGCAUGAAGAACCUUUAAUUGCCGCCCGAGAUGCAGAGGUGCACAAGAAAUAUUCUAAGUUACAGAAAAAGUCUCCAGGUAUCCAAGACCGGCAUCCACGACCCGCCGUUCUUCGAUGACUGCGCGCUCAACAUCGUGACGGUAGGAGAAAUUCUUAAGAACAUCGACCUCUUCGUCUCAGAUUGCGCGAGUCUCGAACUGACCUUAAACACAGAGAAGAAGGUGGCCAUGCAUCGGCCAAGGCCAAAUGUUGUAUAGAAUGAAAAGCCACUCAAUGUAAAUCGCACUCACCUCAUAACACUGGAGGAAUUCGCGUGCCAUGGAAGUAUGAUAUCAAGGAGUGUUACGAUCGAUGAUGAAAUUGCCCGCCGGAUUUUCAAAGUCAGCUAGGCCUUCGAACGGCUGCAGAGCUCAGUUUGAAAUGGUCGCGGAAUUCACUUUAGUCCAAAACUCAGAAUGCACAGGGUUGUAGUCUUGACCACGCAAGGAACUCAGCAGCUUUCGACCUGGGUGCUUUCGCAUAAUUCUGAAGCUGGGAUGAUAGGACAAUGCCAGACAUAGAAGUGAACUGGAAUUCACUGCGGCCGCUUCAUGCUGAGGCAAAUGCACUUGCGACGGAACGGCUACGUCAUGAGGAUAGAUGACGGGAGCCUAGCCAAACGACUCUUCCAUGACGACGCCCCCACGGGAGUACGCCAACAAAACGACGUAACAUGCGCAGUCUGAGAUUCUUCAACAAACACAUCCAAACCAAUACAUCCGCCUAGGAAAGCCUUACUCAGGAAGGCGGAUGAAGGUACGGGUUAGGAGGUGAUGUUUUGUAAAGGCUCCCUUGAGUUACAGGCAGUUACGGGGUGACCUGAUACAAGCCCUACGUAUCAUACGCGGUCAGGACUGCAGCCUCGUACCGGAGGACUUCUUCGAGUUAGCAACCACCACGAACCUACGAGGCCAUCCAUUCAAACUACGUGUGACAGGGGCCAGGCUGGACACACAAAAGUUCUUCUUCUCUAACAGAGUGCUAGAAGCUUGGAACGCCCGGCCUGUGGAUGUCGUUAUGUCUGCUUCCGUCGAGGUCUUUAAGCGGAAGCUGGAUUUGUAUAGCAGUGUCCACUAAAUUACCACCUGACCUCUGUAACCCUGACAAAUCCGUUGGCAUAAUACUACUUGCUAUAUUUCAGUAACGUUUUAAAUUCAUUUUCUUAUUGUCCUCAAUCCAUCGCUUACGCCUACUGACAUGCACCUAUGCAACUUUUGUCACCGGGUAUAUUAUUUAUUUCCCUGCACUCGAAACGACCGCUGCACAACUGUUCGUACCACUAACAUUCGAGACAGUUUUUUUGUCUGUACAGAGCUGACGCUUUUCCGAUUAUUUGCUACCUUUAUGAUACCUUUUCCAGUUUUUGAGAUUUUGCAGUUGCUCGUAAACAAAUAGGGCGUUUAAAGGUGAAGACCUACAUUUCCUUCAAUAAAACUGAAUUGAACUGAACUGAAGAAGAGGGCCGUUGUCCUUACAGCCGUUGAUUCCAUGGGGACCUAGCACUCUCUUCUAGACAGCUUACUCUGUCCCGACGCGGACGCUGAAGUCACGAAGGACAAUGGGCUUGAAGAAGGAGGCACGAGAAUGGGCUUGUCCACCUUCAGCACAAUCGCAGGUCUUCAUAGAAUUAGUUCUUCGCCUCACCGGAACUGGUUAUUGGGGGGCGUAGACAAUGACGAUGGUGGCAAACUUGAUUCUCCGAGCAGCCAGACGCAGACCGGACGUUGGCGCCCUGUGGCAGACAAAACAGUCACCCCGCGAUAUCGUUCCGAAUGGAAAAGGCGACGCCUGCGUCAUGUCGUUCUGCCUUUGAACGGCAACUUCAUAAGAAGGUGUAGCCGGCAUCCACCUCAUCUAUGUGGCCUUGCAACGCACCAGUUUCCGAACGACUGGUGCCUUCCUCCCUACCGGCCGGAUGCUCAUUGGGUUGUCUAAAAGGGAACAGGGUCGGAUGUGGUUUGGUAGCCCCACCUGAAGUAAACAAAACCCAGUCACCUCUAAUACGGGACUGGCGGUAAUAGGGAUUUUUAUAGGUGGAGCCGGGGAACGCACGGGCGACGGGGUCAAAUAGUUGUAUGCAAAAGAAAAGCUACUGGGAGUGCGUGGUUGUACUUUCAAUGGUUGAGAAAUAGUUGCACUAACCCCUGACCAUGACCCUGACCCAUGACUGUAGUCCCUUAUCCUAAACCUCAACCGCUAACCCCAACCUUUAACCUCAACCUAUAAGCAUAACCACUUACCAUAACCACUAACCAUAACACCUAACCUUUACCCCUAACCCUAACCCUUAACCACAACCCCAACAGUAGUGCCCAUCAGGUCGGGCUACCAAACCACAUCUUACCGGGUACAGACAUCUCUAGCUGCCAGAAGGUUGGACUCACCCUAGCAGUCUAUGGAAUGAAACGGAGGGGAGGGGAAAGAGGAUUGCUGUUGUUCUUUGUUUUCGACCGCGAGUUUUGCCUCCAGAAGUCACGGUAUACUAGCAGAUAGCGGGGUUUCCCAACGUUCCCUUUGAGCACUUUUUCUAGCCCCUUCUAAGUAGUGUUGUCCCUAAAACGCUGAGACGGCGGCCGCUUUGUUUAUUGGGGAGCGACCCCACUCAACCUGGACCGCCCGCGGGAUUGCACAUCGUCCUCCCAGUAGGACUUUUGAAGUGGGAGGGGGGAGGUGAGAUGGGGACUGAACUAGCAGGUAAACACGCACAUCACCUGGUCUCCUUGUCUAAUUUGGCCCGCCGGUCGAGGCGGUUAGCUGGGUGUGGAUGAUAGGAAGAGCACAUCUCCGGUGGGCCACAGAUGAGAGUUGGGUGUCAUUUAAGGACUGUGGGGAGCAGUCGCCAUUUGCAUGGUGCGACCUACCGUUCAUGCGGGGGGGCCCCUAACUGGAAACCCCGGCACCCCUGACGGUCGACUACGGACAUGGUCAACAACAAGGUGUUCGUCCAUGUCUUCCGUUACAGCGACAUCCACCGACGCCGAGUUGACAACUUAGUUCUAAACGAUGAAGUCCUCUUCCAUCGCUCUAAAGAAGUAGGAAUCCGACAACGCCUGCAACUGUCAUUUUUAGACAGAAGUCAGCCUCUCCGCAUGCGGCCAACAAUUGAUUUUUGGCCCUGCCAACAGUCCGCAUCUUAAUCCCGUCGGAAAUCUUUUCGCAUCUAACAAAAGGAAGUCACACAAGGCAAAAAAGAACCUUUCAGUGCAAGAAAAACUUGGUUUUGUGCUACAUAAUCAUAUUGAACGAUCCACCAUAGACAACCCGACUGUCCCCAUGUCUGAGAGUCUUUUUGCUGUGUUAAAUGCUGAUAGACGAUCAACAGGGUACUGAUAUGUUGUAUCUGUCAUAAUUUCAAACUACUUUCCCAUUUUCAUGCGCCCCCUUCCUUGUGUACCCCUAUAGUUAACCUUAUUUAAGUAAUUUACAGUGUAGCCAGUUUCUGUAACUAGUUUCCAUUUAAGAGUAAUUAUUUUCAUGUGCGCAAAUAUUAAGUAAGAAAACCAACUAUGCCUUCUUUUCAAAAACGGUCGUUUAUAUACUACGGUAAGACUUGAGGAACGAUUUUCUCGAGAAACUCGUGACAGGACCUGGCGAUCGAGACAAUCGAGUUGCUUCUACAAAGCAAACAGGAUGAAACGGAGAAUCGUCUUGGACGCGCCCAAACCCUUCAGCUCCUGAAGUUCUGUCUCAGGACGUACUUCACGUUCGAGGGGACUAUCUACGAACAGGUGAAGGGCGCACCAAUAGGUUCGCCGAAUUCGGGAUUCAUCGCCGAGGCGGUCCUAAAACGGUUGGAGUCGCUGGUCUUCCAACCCAACAGACCGAAACUCUGGGUACGGUAUGUGGAUGAUACCUUCGCCGUUAUCGACCGGGAUCAACUCCUGACAUUCAAGGAACGUCUGAAUGUGGUCUUCCCGGACAAACAGUUUACGAUUGAGGAGGAAGAGAACAACCAAUUGGCCUUCCUGGAUGACCUCCUAUGCUGCAAAGAUUAG